UUGUGAAUGAGCUCCAUGGCUCCACGCCUCCACGCCUCCACCAAACGCUCCGAGCCUCCGAGAGACCGGGCCCCACCUCCCUCCAGCAGGUCCUCCCUGCUCUCCUACUCCUCAUUGCAUCAGCGGCAGUCGGCAGGGCAACGCCGCGCUGGUUGCCAUGACGGCGGCUCGAGUCCGCGCGAGUGCGACAGUGAAGGCGGACGCUGGGUACCGGCCGAGCCUCGGGAUUCUUCAAGAUGGUAGACGGCGCCUGGGGCGGCAGCUUCCGCAGGGUGGCGCAGCUGCCGUACUUUUGCAGGAUUGAUAAUUCAUUGUGAAACGGACAAGAAGGAUAUGGCGAGCAUUGAUGAAAAGGAAAAUAGCCAUAAACCUCCUUGGUCGCAAUUGUUACCAGAACUGGUCUCCAUGAUAUGUCAUCGACUCUGCCCCACGGAUGUUCCUCGCUUUAGAGCAGUUUGCAAGCACUGGAAUUCUUGUGCACUCCCUGUCUAUCCAGCGGAUUCCACCCCCAUUCUUAUCAGCAACACCAUCUCGGACUCCGGUCUGAUUCGUUGCUAUAGUCCCUACCUUAACAAGAUGUUUAUUGUCCGUACACCUCUAAGAGCUCCUGAAAGCAGAAUAUUCUCAGCAGCCGUGAAUGGAUGGAUUGUUCUAAGGAGGCCAGACAAGACUGUCAUGUUUGGUAGUCUCUUGGAUGGCUCUGCAUUCGAGACUACUGAGUCAAAAUACAAUGAUGGAUACUUCUGGGCAUCCAAUGAAGAUGGGACUGGGCAUCCGGAGCAAUGUGGCAUAAUUGCCAUUUAUGCUUAUAUGUACAGUGCAAAAGUUCAGAGCUGGAAUGGAGAAAGAUGGAAGUAUUUUGGUGGUUUGUCAGACGAUGAUGAUAGCUCUGAUGACUCCGACUCCGACUAUGACUCGGGCUCGGACUCGGCAUCAGACUUGGACUCAGAUUCGGACUGCAACUCCGACUCUGACUCCAACUCCAACUCACAAUCUGGCACUGACAAUGACGAAGAAGAUGAUGAUGAAGAAGAGGAAGAAGAGAAUUUGGAGCAAAAAGUUGAGGAGGAGGAUGAAGAAGACAACGUAGUAAACGAAUAUAGGGAGUUCACAAUGUCUUGCAACCCAGUACUGCACAAGGGGCUGUGGUACUGCCUUGGGGAAGAUGGAAGUUUAGGAGUGUAUGAUCCCAACAGAAUCAAUUGGCAUGUUCUUCGCGAACCCUCCAGCUUUGGUCCUGAGUUCCCGUACCAGAACUGCUACCUAGUUGAUUCCAAUCAGGAGCUGCUUGCAGUCUUGACGGGCAGGAAUGGCACACCCAUCCAUGUGCUGAAGCUCAAAGAGAAGGAGAUGACCUGGGAAAGGAUGGACUCACUGGGUAGCAGAGCAAUCUUCACGGGAACACUGGCAUCACUAUCAAUGGCUAAGCCUACAAAAGCCAUGGCAAACAAGGUCUACCUUUCCAAGUUUUAUGGGCGGCCUCAGAUAAUCCAAUCAAAGCUCACCGCCUCUGGUGGUCGCCUCUUCUUCGUGCCAGAGCAAAAGGAGAUGUAAGAUCCCAGCUCUAACAAGUCCGUUUAUACAUUCAUGAGGGAAUACGACACCUUUGGAGAUAAGGAUGGUACCUGGUGCUACGAGCCUACGACCUGGAGUUGGACUCCGGGGUUGACAGGGGAAUAAGUGGCUGCAAGAAUAUGCUGCAAUACAUCUGGGUUCAUCUUGGCCUUACUUCACCUUAAAUACGAUAGUUGGGAACAAGCAUCACCCUACAUCAGAUUAUUGCUCCAGCUUGAGCUUGAAAUUUGAUGUUUCUUUGGCCUUUCGCAGUUGUUAUCGUCAAAGUACUUGAUGAAGUAUUUGCAAAUACUCAUCUGCUGUUUCUUCAUUCCAUGAUGGCGUGAUUUUCUUUCAUUUUUAUUUA